AUGACGCACAUGAUCAACAAGAUUCCGAAGCUGUGCGAGGAGGGCAAGCCCGGCCCAGCCUGUCGUCCACCGACGCUGCCCCUGAAGUUGUGCGUCAUGCCAUGGGAGCACCGCAUAGGCAGCCUUGGUUCUCGAUACUCAGAGGCACAUUGGGAUGGAAUCACGUUUGGGCAUUUCGCUGCCGACGACUGCGGAAGGCCUUCCGUAAGCUUCACGUACAAUCCCACCAACGUCGACACUGCGUUUCCACAGUUGUUCUCCGAAGUCAACUGGCUCCCAUCUGUGGCCACCGCGCGAAUGUGGAUCGGCGAGUCCAGCAUCACUCACAACAAGGUUCGGCUGACCGGAGAUCUCGAUGGUGCAAACCAGAUGACUCUGACGGAUGUGGACGGUACACUCUUGGGGUCCUCGCAAGCGGAUGGAUCUUUGGUCACCGUCUACAAUCCAGGGCUGGCAGAGCAAAGCUGCACGGAGUUUGGUAGCAGCUACUACAGCUGUCCUGAUCUGCGGCUGCGCUACAUGACCUGGGAGGCAGUUGGAGGUCCAUCCCACCGUGUCCUCAGCAAGUUCAAGGCCUGGAGGGCCUCCGACGACCGCUCUACCUGGUCUGCGGGUCCGCAGCCUGACAAGGGUUGCAUUCCUGACGAAGCUGAGCAAGACCGAAACUGGAAGAUUCGUCCAAACGACAUGUACAACCUCACCAUGUUUACAUCUCCACCAAAGCACCACCGACUGUUCUGGUUCAACGACAACCAGGACGAAGCGAUCCGACUUGACAUCUUCUUGACCCAGCCAUUCAGACUGGAGGUUUAUGUUGACGGCGCCCUCAUGCCGGAAGAUUCCUACGACACUGCCAAGCUGGAGCCCCCGCGCCUGCCGGAGCUCUCCGACGCGCACGGCGCCUACGCCUUCGACCCGCACGCGCCGCCGGCCUCGGAGUCAGAGACGUUUGUCAAGGCUGCCACGAGGGGCGGCGGCUUCAUCCUGCUGCGCCUUCUGCAGGUGGUUCAGAUCUCAAUGACCGUGCAAGGGCCCCCA